UAAUUGCGCCCCGCGCAGGGCCUGCGAGUGUGUGUGCCACUGCCACCAUAGUACACCACAGUGCCCACACCACUGUUUUAAAUCCCCUGCCGCCGCUCGUCCCCGCCGUCGUCCCCCCCUUCCAUCAUUCUCCCAAAACGACACCGCAGAAUUCCCCGGCCGCGCCGAUACCCACCCUACACCAUUCCGCGAUUCUACCACCGGAAACGGCGGGGAGCGCCAUGGCGUACAUGUGCGCCGACAGCGGCAACCUCAUGGCCAUCGCGCAGCAGGUGAUCCAGCAGCAGCAACAACAGCAGCAGCAAGAGCACCAGAGGCACCACCACCACCACCUACCGAUGCCGCUCCCGCUCCCGCCCCCGCCGCGCCAGGCGCUGCCUAUGCCACCGGCCACGGCGCCCCCGCACGGCCAGAUCCCGGCGGCGUCCCUGCCAUACGGCGGCGGCGCGUGGCCCCAGGCGGACCAUUUCUUCCCUGACGCCUUCGUGGGCACGUCCGCGGCCGAUGCGGUGUUCUCGGACCUCGCCGCCGCCGCGGACUUCGACUCCGAUGUCUGGAUGAACAGCCUCAUCGGGGACGCGCCGGUCUUCGCGGACUCCGACCUCGAGCGCCUCAUCUUCACCACCCCGCCGCCGCCGCCGCCCGUACCCGCUCCCGCUCCCGCUCCCGCUUCUGCUGUGGCCCCCGUCGACGCGGCGGCCCAGCCCGAGGCCGCCACCCCGGCGUCGCUUCCCCAGCCUGCCGCCGUCGCUGCGCCGGCAGCGUGUUCCUCUCCGAGCUCCCUGGACGCCGCCUGCUCCGCGCCCAUCCUCCAGUCCCUCCUCGCCUGCUCCCGUACAGCGGCCGCUGGCACGGGGCUCGCUGCCGCGGAGCUCGCCGAGGUGCGCGCUGCCGCUUCCGACGACGGGGACCCCGCGGAGCGCGUGGCGUUCUACUUCGCGGACGCGCUGGCGCGCCGGCUCGCGUGCGGCGGCGGGGCGCAAGCGCAACCCUCGCUGGCGGUGGACUCGCGCUUCGCCCCCGACGAGCUCACGCUCUGCUACAAGACGCUCAAUGACGCCUGCCCCUACUCCAAGUUCGCGCACCUCACCGCCAACCAGGCCAUCCUGGAGGCUACGGGCGCGGCGACCAAGAUUCACAUCGUUGACUUCGGGAUCGUGCAGGGUAUCCAAUGGGCGGCGCUGCUGCAGGCACUCGCCACUCGCCCGGGGGAGAAGCCGUCCCGGGUACGUAUCUCCGGCGUGCCUUCGCCGUACCUGGGGCCAAAGCCUGCGGCGUCCCUCGCCGCAACCAGUGCCCGUCUCCGCGACUUCGCCAAGCUUCUCGGGGUGGACUUCGAGUUCGUCCCGUUGCUGCGGCCGGUGCACGAGCUGGAUCGGUCGGAUUUCUUGGUUGAGCCUGACGAGACCGUAGCCGUCAAUUUCAUGCUCCAGUUGUACCACCUCCUUGGCGACUCCGAUGAGCCCGUGCGACGUGUCCUCCGGCUGGUUAAGUCGCUCGAUCCAUCGGUGGUUACCCUUGGGGAAUACGAGGUCAGCCUGAACCGAGCUGGGUUCGUCGAUCGUUUUGCCAAUGCACUGCUGUAUUACAAGCCAGUGUUCGAGUCGCUGGACGUGGCGAUGCCACGGGACUCGCCGGAGAGGGUGAGGGUGGAGCGAUGCAUGUUUGGGGAGCGCAUUCGAAGGGCCAUUGGGCCAGAGGAAGGCGCAGAGAGGACUGAUAGGAUGGCGGCUAGUAGGGAGUGGCAGACGCUGAUGGAGUGGUGUGGCUUUGAGCCUGUCAAGCUCAGCAACUACGCCAUGAGCCAGGCCGAUCUUUUGCUCUGGAAUUACGAUUCCAAGUACAAGUAUUCACUUGUUGAGCUGCCACCGGCGUUCUUGUCUCUGGCUUGGGAGAAGCAGCCGCUGCUCACCGUGUCCGCUUGGCGGUGAGUCCCUUUUUUUUUGUGUGUGUAUUGGUGCUGUUGUAUGUAGCAUUGUCAUAGGACCAGGGAAGAAAUGAAUAGACUGGUUUUGCAUUGUCUUAAUUUCCUUCCAAAAUGAUGACAAUGGCUAGAUGGUAUAAUUGGGGACUUUAGUUACCUUGUU